AUGUUAUUUUUUGCGUACGUUGGUGUCGCUGGACGCCCUUCUUGCCCAGGCGAAGCGAUGAAUUUUGAAUUUGAGAGGGAGAUUGGGUUCAUCAACAGCCAGCCUUCCCUUGCAGAGUGCCUGACGUCUUUCCCCGCUGUCCUGGAGUCAUUUCAAACUUCAUCAAUCAAGGACUCGACAGCAAUUCCACCUCCUUUCGAGCACACCAUCCCUAGUCUGAGUCCCUGCACAGGCAACCAGGCGCGACCGAGGAACCAAAAGCGAACUGCCUCUAAUGGCCUCCAGCUUCGGACACAAACGGCACCGCCGACGCAGCACCAGCAAGGCCCGGUCCCGCUGUCGGUUGGCGCGCCACUGGCCCAUGAGUUUCCAUGGAUGAAAGAAAAGAAAUCCGCGAAGAAGUGCCCCAAGCCCGCAGCCUCUGCAGCGACAGCCUCACCCUCUCAGGCAUCCUCCGGCUACACAACCGCAGGACUCGAGUCUCCGACAGAGGCUCAAGGUGGACUGGAUAAUGGUAGCGGUUCACGGAGGCUGAGGACCGCAUACACCAACACGCAGCUACUUGAACUGGAGAAGGAGUUCCACUUUAACAAAUACCUCUGUCGGCCCCGACGCGUUGAAAUAGCAGCACUUUUGGAUCUUACAGAGCGCCAGGUCAAAGUAUGGUUUCAAAACCGACGCAUGAAGCACAAACGGCAAACUACGCAUCACCGGGACGGCCAGGAAGGCGAGCUGAGCGGCUUCGAGCCCCUGGACGGACCCGAUGCUGCUUCGCCUUACUCGAGCCAAUCUUUGGAAGUAUCGGGGUCUGGUUCUGGCUCGGCAGCAGCUUCCGAGAGCGAGACAAAUGCCUCCUACACGAACAGUGCUGACAAAAGCCAGCCUACGCCUGAAGAGCCGGAGCCCGCAUCUGCUCCUGACACAGCGGUUCACUCCCCUCAAUACCCAACGCCUACUGCAGAUAACCCCACCACAAUGGCUGAGGGCCGCGCAGCUGGGCCGGAGCAUUCGUUCCCAGAAUCGCAGGAUGCCACAUCACUACCAGAUUUGAAUUUCUUUUCCACGGACUCUUGCCUACAGAUUUCGGACGCUUUAUCACCGAGUUUGCAGAGUUCACUCGACAGUCCUGUUGACUUUUCUGAGGAAGAUUUUGACUUGUUUACGAGCACCCUUUGUACAAUAGACUUGCAACAUUUACAGUUCUGAACAAAAGUAUUGAUAUCAAAAAGCAUACAAGAACAAUCUCCAUUACACCAGUGUUAUGAAUCCUUUUCGACCGCAACAUUCCUUAAAUAAGACAGAAAAUAAAGACAAAAAUGAAACGUCUACUUUAAAGGUUUCUUAACAAAUAGGUGUGACACAAAGCCUAAACGGAGACAAAUUGCCCAUUAUUUUGAAAACACGAUGAUGUAAUCGUUUGAAUACAGAUCGGGAUGGCUUCUGUCGAAGUUUCAGGUAUUUUAUUGCCUUCUGAUUCUCGGAUUUUGGUUUAUGUCGAUUAACAGAUGAAUGGCUGUGGACUUUUUUCAGUGAAACUCAAUCAUUGGAAUCUCAGGAAUUGUGUCAGACAUAAGGGUAGUUGAACUGCUUUUAGGAAUUCUUCCGAAACGGGCGUUGUCCCUGAUGAAUAAUUUUAGAACUAGUUUAUUUAUUGAGAUUCUUUAAUAGUAAAUUUCAAAUUUAUUUAUUGUACGUUAUUUUCAUAGUUGAAAUAAUAAAAACAAAACAUAA